GAUCGUAUCGCAACUUCUGUCAUAUUUAUAACUUUGUGUAAAAUUAUAGAAGCAAAAGUUUAGCCGCGAUUAAUAUUUUCAAACUGAAUGCCAAAUAAUUGAACUUGAAUUAAAUUGUAGCGACAUUGUUAGCAUAUAAACUUGCUGGAUUUCAGCACGCGCAAUGAAUGAAUCCGAAGAAAAUGAUCAUAUAUACGGAAUGAAGGUGGAAAAACUGAUCCCCGAAACCAUAUUUAGUGACACUCCCCUUCCUGACGAAGUACCUAAUGAAGCUCCACCGGAGCCGAUCGAAGUUGAGCCCCGUAGUUUCACGAUAGAAUUUGCUAUUUGCAAACUGUUGUUCCACGGUCAAAAGCGCGAGAGCCCUUCGGAGCAUGUCAUUAUUCAUUCGACUUCCGUCGAGGAGUUUACUGACGAGGUUUUCAAAGUCGUGCAGCCGUUUAUGAAGCGAGGUAUUCACUUUCCAGAGCCAGACAAUCCGUGCUGGUUUGAGAAUGAAGUGCCCAUCAAGGAACAUCUGUCUGUAUAUAUUCAAUUUAAGGACACCAUCCAGAAGCGGACCUGGCGCUUAGAACAAGUUGACGAAUAUAUCCUGAUGAGGUGGGCCACGCGAGUUAUCUACCUGCAAGUGUAUGCCCACACUACUAAUAUUCAUUCCCGAGCCAUGUGGGAAAACGUCCUACAGGAGCUUUUUGGUUUAUCGUCGGAUGCAAAGAAACCUGCCGUCCCUAAGGAAGUCCAGGAGGAACAGCGGUUACAAUACAUCAUAAAAAAGCUCCAGAAACUCCACCAAGCGUACCUGGUUCCUAGGACGGACGAUGCAUUCAAGUUGUGGGCUCGACUGAUUUUGCAGCAACCGUCUAAAAAGGAGCGUGAUUAUUGGUACGAUAAACCACCAAAACAGCUGCUGGAGAACUUCGUAGUAAUUGAGAAGGAAACUACUCGAAAGCGGACCAAUCCAUCGGUAUCUGCCCAACGGGCUCAGACGGCGGAUGGAUUCGGCUUCGAGGAUGAAGUUUUAGCACUUAGACACACGGUGACGCAGAUCAGGGAUUUGGUCGAAAUGUUAGAUAAGAGGGUGGCAUUGUUGGAAGAGAAAUGUCGUGGCUUCAAACAGACAGCAGAGGGAGAGCCAGUCAAGAAGGGCAGAUACGACACGGACGAUGAGAACAUUGAGGACGAGGAUAGGGAUGGUUCCAUAAUAGGAGAGGAGAUUGACGAGUUUCCGAUUGAUAUAUCCCCGGUGGUCAAAGUCGAAGGCAACCGGGGGAAUCCAGAUCCGUUAAUAUUCAACGAUAUGAUCGAAUUUGUGAAAGAGGAGAACGAUGAAAUUGAGUCUGACGGUUAGGUUUAAACGACAAUAAAAAAAUGCCAUGAAAAAA